AUGGCGUCCUCAGACACAACUCCUCUUCUCGCAGGUCAACAGCCUACUUCCUUACCUCGCCACAACCCUAACCUCAACAACAACAACAACAACAACAACAGCAACAACCCGCGACACUGGUCAGAAGAAACAGAGGACAUCCUUGGACCAGACCCAAACGCCAACGGGUACCAAAACACCGGAGCCGGAUACCGCCGUCGAGGCCCACCACCCCCCGGAAGUAGUAGUCUACCGGGCAACAGCAGUCUUGACGCACAACGGUUCUCCGGACGAGAUCGCCCUACGGGAUUGAAGCGGAUUCUCAACUGCUGCUGUUUACCUUGUCGCCAAGCAUUGUACGCCUUCCAGAACAAGUACACCAAAACUGAAAAGUACUCGAUGGCUUUUGCUGGUCUGUGUCUCCUCCUUGCCGUGGGGUUUCUCUGUGCGUAUGUUCGUGCCAGAGACUCUAUUCCCUUGAGCGGCAAGAACGGAAUUUGCACAUCGCGGGAGUGCACCAUCGUCGCAGCGGACAUCCUCAGGGACUUAAAGCCCGAGAUUGAUCCCUGCUCCGACUUUUUCACCUUCACAUGUGGAGGAUUUGUGGAUCGAGAGACUAUUCCUGAUGACAAGGCCCAGAUUGGGUACUUCAACCUAGUCAGCAAGCACAACCAGGCAAGUGAGGUGAUUCGGUCGAUUCUUUCGCCAGCGACCAACAAUGUGCAGCGAGGCAAAGAUGACGCCGCGAAACGCAACCUGGUCAAGCUCCAGUCGCUCUUUGAGAGCUGCAUGGAUGAGAAGAAGAUGUCGGAGAUUGGAGUCAAACCGUUGGCAGAUCUGGUCCAGAAGAUGAUCAAGGUCUUCCCGGCGACGUUCAGCAUCCUUGAUACAGAGGCGCCUGCGUCGUCAGUGUCGGCUGCGAUGGCUCAUUUACGGGAUGUCAACUUUGGAUUCCAGUCUGCAUCGAUUAACCGACAAAAGUUGCAGCAGUUGGGACAGGAGGAUAAUGUUGAUGAUGGUGAGGAGAUGUUUGUAGGAGAGAUACAGGGCAACGGGUCAGAUGAAAAGAUACCGCUCCAUGUUUCUGUGGAUGAUGAGCUGCCAGGGGUGGAGGAUACGCUAGCUUCGGAAGAGCAUCACAAUUUGGACAAGCGUGGAAAUGCUGGACCGGCCGCUGCCAAAGCGCAGAGGGAAGAGUUGGCGUUGGCGAUUACCCAGCUGGCAUGGGUCGGAGUCACGACGAUGGUUGAUUUCGAUGUCGAUGCGGACCCCAAGAACCCAGACGACAAUGUGUUCAAACUGGGUGAGAAUGGACUCGGCUUGCCCUCGAAGGAGUACUACCAGGAGGAAAAGAUUGUCAAUAUCUAUCAAAAAACUGUCGAGGACAUGUUUGCGAUUGUGAUGGGCACCCCAACCACGGACGGCGAGGAUGCGGCUUCUGCUAUAUCGAAAUCGAACAAGCCUCCCGUUGUGGACUGGGCCGAGGUCGCCAAGAAUGUGGUCGAGUUUGAGAAGCUGUUGGCGGCGAUCUCGAGCGAGCAAGAGGAUCUGGACAACUCGGAGCUGACCUAUAACCCUCGUACCCUCAGCGAGAUCACGGAGCUGAUCCCGGCGAUCGACUGGUCGUUGGUUCUGGAGAAGCUGUUGACGUCAGGAUCCGAGGUGCCCAACCCCAUCAUUGUCUCGUCACCCGAGUACCUCGAGAAACUUAACGCCCUCCUCAAGGAUGCCCCCGCCAUGACACUCCAGAACUAUUUCGCCUGGAGACUGAUCAAGACCUUGUCAUCUGGUCUUGCUGUGGAGUUACGCAAGCCCAUGCAGCAAUUGAAGGCCGCCCUCCAGGGCGUCUCUGCUGAUCUGGUGACGCCUCGUUGGGAGACCUGUAUCGAUGUGGUUGAUAACUCUUUGGGAGCCAUGGCAGGACAUUACUUUAUCGAGAAGAUGUUCCAGGGCGACAGCAAGGAGAUGGCCGACAGUAUCGUCACCUCUCUUCGGGGCUCGUUCGUCAAAGGACUCAACCAGCUGGAAUGGCUCGACCACCCGACGCUCUUGAACGCGACCGAGAAGAUCGAUCUGUUGAUCCAAAAGAUUGGCUACUCUCUCGAAUCGCCCGAUGUCCGGUCUGCGGAUUCGUUGGAGGACUACUUUAAGGAUCUGGGGAUCGACAAGGCCGACUUUUUCGGGAACCAGAUUCGGUCGAAGACUUGGCAGACCAAUCAGACUCUGGGCGAACUUGGCAAGCCUGUUGACAAGGCCAAGUGGUUGAUGAGUCCCCAAACUGUCAAUGCCUACUACAACCCGAGUGCCAACGAGAUUGUCUUCCCUGCGGGUAUCCUCCAACAGCCCUUUUUCCAUGGUGAUAACCCAGAGUACCUGAACUAUGGCGGUAUCGGAGUCGUCGCUGGACAUGAGCUCUCCCAUGCAUUCGACAACGAAGGUCGGCUCUACGACGCCCACGGCCGUCUGGCCGACUGGUGGUCCAAUUCAACUCUCGAAGAAUUCAAAACCCGUUCCCAAUGCUUCAUCGACCAAUACGGCAAUUUCACCGUCAAGGACCCCCAGGGCCGCGAGAACCACGUCAACGGCAAGCUGACUCUGGGCGAGAACCUGGCCGACAAUGGUGGACUGAAGCGAUCAUAUGAGGCAUGGGCGGCAAGGUUCAAGUCAGACCCUCAUGGGAACAAGUUCAAGAACCAUUUGCUUUCCGGGUUGGAGGAUUAUUCGCGUGAUCAGUUAUAUUAUAUGGCCUUUGCGCGCGUUUGGUGCUCGCAACGCCGGCCUGCUAAAGCCAUUGAAUCUCUGAGGACGGACCCUCACGCCCCGGCCAAGUGGCGUGUCAACGGUGCUGUCCAGAACUCGCCCCAUUUCGCAGAGGUCUUUAACUGCAAGGCUCGCUCCGGCAUGAACCCAGACACCAAGUGCGACAUGUGGUAA